AUGACAAUUACAAUGGUAAAACUAUCAUGGAUAGCCUUGUUUUCAUUAGUGUGGUUAAAGUUUAACCACUCUUAUGAAAUAAAGGAAACCUUGCCAAAUAAUAAAGGAGCAGAUGACGCUAUAUCAAAAAUAGAGGUCGAAGAAGAUAAAACAAAAAUAUGUAAGAACAUUUUAUUGUUCUUACAUGCUGAUGAUCUAAUGACAAAUGAAGGUAGAAUUUCAUUUAUGCAUAAAUGUGAAGACAUGGUCCAUAAAAUGAAAAAUAAAAUAGGUGAUGAUGAUUCAGUAGAUGUUGUAACUGAAUUUGCUUUAAGUUUAAUGCACAUGCGUUCUAAACACACAAUGACAUCAAGCAUUAAUAACAAUAAGGCAUUAAAAAAUAUAAUUGUAAGUAUAGAUAAAUCAAUGUCUGAACCUGAAGUUAUAAGCAAAGUAAGAAAUAUAAUAAGAUUUAAUAGAUUCUUAGCUGGUAGAUUAAAUUACAAAAAUAUUGGUGAAGCUUUAGUUUUAAGAGUAAGUACUCAUCGAAGUAUGGCAUUAGCAAAAAGAGAACUUAUCAAAAAUAUAUUACUCGAUUUUCACUAUGUUGGAGUAUAUUUUGAUAUUGAAUCAGAAAACCCUACAUUAUUAAAAAAACAUUCUUCUGAAUCAUUUUUAAAUAUAAAAAAUGACCCAAUAUGUCAUACUUACAUUCAUUUAUGUCAAAAAUUUUAUGAGCAAGUAGGUGUAUAUCAUAAAAUAAGUACAAUAUAUCAAGAUAUAAUUACCCAUUUAGGUAGAAGUAUGGAUCGUGAGCAAAUAACACAUAUAUUUAGUUUAGAGAAUUCUAUAAAUCAAGUAUCAAGAUAUUCCAAUCGUUUACUUAAUAGUGACGCCUUAAUUUAUGACAUGAAUAAAUCAAACUACAUUAAAUAUAAUGAUUUAAUUCAUGAAGUAGUUGUUGGUGAUCAAAAUAUCGAAGAACAAGUUAAACAAAGUAAUGGACGAUACAUUGUUGUCGUUAAAAAUUUGAAGGAAUAUAUUGGAGAUUCCAAUCUUUACAAACAAAUUAUGAGCUCAGUAAAAAAUUACCUUCUUAAUAUCACUGAAAAUGAUAAAGAAAUAUCAAAGAUGAUUAUAGAACUAGGAAAUGAAGAUAUCGAGCAAUUCAUGACCCAAUUGAUUUUCUUCAUGCACUACGGAUUUUUGUUGAUCACAGAAGACAAGCACAUGGUAUAUUUAUCUGAUAUCAUACCGACCUACACAAACUUGUAUAGAGCAAAUGAUGUACUUUUAUUACAACUUAUGGAAAUGAAAUUUGAAUCGGGUGAAAACGAAAAAUCAGAAGAUUCCAAUAAAUAUGAUAAAUAUAAGUUCUCAAAAGUAGAUAAUGCAGAAGCAUAUGGUUCAUUACGUGAAAUAGAUAGUAUUACACAAUUGCCAAAAUUAACAGAUAAUUUGGCAGAUUAUCAUUUUUAUAAUACCAUCGAUAAAUAUUCUGCAGAUAUUGUGCCAACAAAAGAAAACAUCAGUAAAUUUCAAUUUUACUUUACUAUGUCUUUCAAGGACUGCAACAUCAACCAAAACUACACUCCCCUUGCCAAAAGUUUGUGGGCUGAGCUUCUUUACGGAUUCGACAAAUAUGGAUGGUUCUACUUCCACCCAAAGAAAGUUAUGUCAAGCAUUUCAAAAUCGAGCUUUAUCAGACACGUAUUAGUAUCAAGAAACUACAUUUUGAAAUACAUGGAACCACUCAUAUAUUUGGAUACUCAAGUAUCAAGAUUGAUGGACAUGAUAAACUUAUCUUUCCGAGCUGAUAAAUCACAAUAUACCUUAGAUUUGACAAUGACAAAUUAUUUAUUUUUAUAUGUAAAUGAAUAUCAUAUGUUUAAGAAAGAUGAAAAUAUAAAAUUAAUCCAAACAUAUGAUUAUAUUGAUUCUAUAGCAAAUAACUAUUUUUACUUUGGUGAAAAGAAAUAUCCAGUUUUUAAAACAGAUUAUAGUACUAGAUUAUAUAGUAACUUUCCAAAUGUAUAUAGUAUAGCAUAUCAAUUAUUUAAUGAGUUAGCUAUUAAUAUGAAUAUUUCAAACACACCAUUAAAGAAAAAAUUAAAAAAUAAAUCAAACUAUGCAUAUUUUACUAUUAUGAAUUUAAUUGGACAUAAUCAUGAUAUCUAUUCAAGAGGUCCUCGUUUAGUAUUCGCUGCAUACAUGUUAUCAUUGGUGUUCUUUAUCGAAUCCCAAGUCGAUAUCUCAAGAUACAGACCAAAAGAAAUGGACUUCAUGAAAAGAUCAUUUCCUUUACUAGCCCCAGCUAACCGUGACGACUUUAACAUAUUGAAAAAGAGAUGUUCUUUAUUGACAAGUUUUAUAGAAAUAAACAAAAAGAAACUAGGUGAGCACUCACGUAUGGAAGAAUAUACAAAAAUUUUAAGUUUAGUUACAAUUCUUUUAUGGGCUAAAGAAAGCAAGAACUCUUUAUACUAUGACCCUGACGUUUCCUUAUACAAAAAAUUGAUGGUAGCCUGUGUAUUUAAUGGAGGUGUAACUGUUCAAGAGAAAGCCACCAAGAGUAUCAACAAAUCAUGUAACUUAACACAAUAUGGAUUAACAAAAUCGAACCUUGACGAUUUUAUAAAUGUGAAUUUAAGUGCUCAUAAAUGGAACCCAGAUAUAUUUGAAAGAAUAACUGCAUCAUUUGUAUUAACAUGUAAAGCACAAAAUGCUAUGAUGGUGUUUGAAAAUUUUAAUGUUAAUGCCGUUAAUGCAGAAGAUUAUUAUAAAUUAGCAAUUGCUCCCGAUAUGGUAAAAACAUACUACUGUUUCAUAUUAGGAAGAAAAGCAGAAAGAUUAUUAGAAUCUUUAAUUUUGAAAAAGAAUUUUGUUAAAUUUAAAGUUGAAGAUGCAAUAGAUGUUUAUGAAUUUUUCUAUGUUUCACGAAUUUUAUCAAAGAACCCACGAGAAGAUUUUGAAUUAUUUUUACAAAAUAAAAAAGCAUAUCAACAAAAACAAAAAGAUGAAAUUAUUGACAGUAGUAAAUUAGAUAAACGUGUUACAGAAAUCUUAUAUAACAGUCAUGAAUGCUACUGGUUUAAAUCUUACGAAAACUUUAAAUCCUUAUGGAUGCACGCUGCAAGCAACUUGGGUCCCGGAGCCUACGUGAGAAAUUUCUUCUCCGAAGUAUGGAACAACAUGAGAUUCAUAUUCAAAAAGCAAGCCAAAGUCAGAGAUGUCGAAUACUUCAAUUCUUCCCUUGCCAAUGAAACUUUAAUUGAUUACUAUUCACCAUUAAUAAAAUCCGAAGAACAUUGCCGUAACGAAACUCAAAAAAUAUUCCUUUCAAUGAGAGAUAGUGGAGAAAAAAGUCGUAUCGAAAUACCUGAUGAAAUUAAAUCAAAAUAUUAUCAAUGUAAAUUAGAUUAUUAUAAAAAUAAUCAUUCCGACCCAGUUCAUAAAAUAUAUCCACGUGACUUUUUAGACCAAAGAGUAUACGUAUUUAAGCAACCAUAUUAUUUAUUAAGCAAUAUAGAUGAUAAAAAUAAAAAACAAUUAUUAAGAUUAUUUAUAACAGAAGAUACUUUAAGAUAUUUAUUACUUGAGGAUCUAGAAAUACCCGAAUGUCUUGGAAAAUGUACAGUUGACGACUUUAACAAAGUUUUAAUAACAACAUCCAAUACAAAACCACAUGAACCUGUAAUUUAUAAUAAUUUAAUACCUCAAAACUGUAAAUCUAAAAUAAGAAAAGAAAUGAAAAUAGUUAUGCAUUCUUCUUUUAUAUUUAAUUUACAAAAAGACUUUUUAACUGGCGAACCAAUUACAUUGCAUGAUGUUCAAAUUGGAGAUGUCCAUGUAUGUUUUGGAACAGAUACUUACUAUAAAGAAAAUAUAUUGACUCCCGGACAUUUCGAUUUAACUCACAAACCACAAUUUAAUUUCCCAGAAGACAACAAUUACAGAGUUUUCUUGAAAAAAAAUGUUAACAAAGUUGCAAAAAAUCCAAAGAACCCAUGUUUUGUCAAUUACGAACUUACUGUUAUAAAUAUCGAUAUUCCUGAUCCAUACCGUGACAUCGGUCAAGACUUACUUACAAACAUUGAAAUAUUAAAAUCCAAUUAA